UGAAAUCAAGAUCAGAAUUCAAGUUGAGAUAAAACACCAUAAGGAAAUCAAUGUUACUGCAAAAUAAAUUCCAUCCAAGCUUCCCUAAGAGCCUCCACAAUUCCAACCCCAGGUGCCAAAGAUACAGGUCUUUCUAGGGGCGGUCAGAGGGGGAACUAAGGUUUGGGUAUUUUGGAAGUUUGGUCUUUCAUAGGGGAAGUCUGUGUGGAUUUAGGUUUAUAAAGAAGCAUUGUGCUUAAAUCUGAACCCUCUCCCUGCACCUCUGGCAGGGUGAAGAUGAGUGCUGAUGAGAUCCUGGUGUGUGCAGUAAAACUUGGAAAAAACUUCUGCCUCUAUUUUGACGAUGACGAUGAGCUGGAAUGUGAUGCCCUUUGCAAGGAAAAGACCCUGCUCAGAGUCCUUCGGAACGUGAACAGCGAGUUGCUGGUGGUUCGCCCAGACCUCAACCUGGCAGCCUUUGAGGAUGUGACAGACCAGGAGAUGCAAUUGGGCCAAGGGAUGCACUUCACCAUCCACUGCUACAAAACCACCACCCCUGCAGCAGGGAUGCCUGUUGCCUUCAGUGUGCAAAUAGAGGACAAAAGCUUCUACAUGUGCUGUGAGAAGGAACGUGGGGAAAUGAUCGUUCGGUUCAAGGAAGGAAAAGUUCCCAAAGAAAUUCCUGGUGAAAGUAACAUCAUCUUUUUCAAAAGGACAUUUGCAUCUUGUUGCUCCGGAGCGUUUACGUUCGAAUACUCACUGGAAGAAGGAAUGUUCUUGGCCUUCAAGGAAGAAGGCUACUUAAAGAAAUUAAUCCUGAAGAAACUGUCAACAAAAGAUGAAGUGGACGAAACCACAAAGAUAAGUUUAUCUAAAUUCAGUGAAAAUUAAAGUCACAACCUGUAA